AUGCUGCCCAAACCUGGGGUCUAUUACUUCCCCUGCCAAGAUCCGGACAUGGGCACACUGAGAACAUUCAGCAGGCUGUGGCUGUGUGACAUGACUCAAUCCCGAAUGACCCUGGGGGCUCAGCAUGGAUCUGAGCACAGGAUCCUGGUCUGCACCAAGUUGGUGGAGCUGCAAGCCCAGUUAGACUCCCAGUACCUUGUCCUUGGGGAGCUCGAACACCAGAAACGGAGGAACAUCCCUGACUGUGUGGAAGGAAUGCAUCUACCCUUGCUAGAACAAGCCCUCCAGGAGCAGAGGAGGUACCAGCAAGAGAGUGGGAGCAGUUCCUGGCAACCGUCCCCCACAACCUGCUCCUGA